UCUAUGCAAUGAUGAGUUUAAUGAUAUGGUGGUUAUUGUGGGUGUUCUUUGGUCAGGGAUUCACAGUGAAAAUGGGUUGGAAUGAAGAACUUGAGUUUUGUGAGGAGGAAUGGAAGAAAUUUGUGGCGAACAAAAUUGAAAUCGAUUCGAAAUGCAACAAUACUCGUACACGUUGUUGUGUUGAGGAGAAGAAAUAUCUUUUAGAGCGAUUUAAAAUGUUUAGUGAAAUAUGUCCGCUUGAAGGGACAUGUGGAUGCAGCCCGAUUAUUUUGAACUUUACUGCUGGGCCAUACGUCAAUACCACUGGGCUAUUCUCCGAAGUUUUUCAUGAUGCAUUCGCAAAAUGGAAAGAACCAGAAGACUUCACGUGUUCACAUAAGUACAUAAAUGAAACAAUAGAAAAACGGUAUGAAAUACCUUCUUUUCGGUUUGGAAUGGGACAGCAAAAAAUCCCUUAUAAGUAUGUUUUAUACGGUGGAAAAAAUCACACCUGUUAUGUUGUCAUCAACGUGAAACAAAGACGUCGUUAUCAAGGUACACACAAGGCAGUUUAUUUUAGUUUCACCCGUGUCAGUUUAAUUUAUAGUGCACCAUUGUUGCUAUAG